CAUAAAAGUAAAUAAAUUCACUGUGUGCGGUUCUCUUCUUCGCAAAAAAAGAAAAUUCCCUUAAAACUCAACAAAAAUGGUACUAACAACUCCUGCCGAUCGCUUAUCUCUGAAGCACCUUGCUGAUGUGAAGCAAAAAAACAGUCAAGAAAACAUCAAGGAAGGCCUAAAAAUCCUACUAAAACUCCUCGACAACGUCAUCGCCGAGCCAGGAAACGACAAAUACCGUCGAAUUCGAUGCGAAAACAAAAUUAUCAAAGAAAAAUUAUUAUCUCUCAAAGGAAUGGACUCUCUUUUGACGGAAAUUGGGUUCGUUUUCUCCGAUGAAAGUUACGCAUUGCCUUCAAGUGUCAUGAUUGCUUGUCUCCGAAACGUAAGACAACAAAUUGAUCAAGUUUUAACGGAAGGAAAUGAGCCUUCAACGUCAUCAACAACCACGGGAGCCAUUAAAAAAGAGUCUAAAGAGCCGAAAAAGCCAGAAAUUGUCUAUAAAAGUGCGAAAUCCUUCAAAGAACGAACGAAUUUUCCCAAAGUCAUCUUUUCUGGCAACCAAUUUUUACAAAAUUUGGAACAUUUGUCGGACAAGGUGAUGCAAUAUGAGGACCCAGUGUUGCAAGAAACGGGCAGAUCUGUCAUUCCAAUCGAAAAAUUGAAACAAAAAACGUUGGAAAGCCUUCGCAGGAUCCAAAAACAAAUAAAAACAGGAAAUUGCAAGGAAAUGGAGCCCAGUUACGAUGACUUGUUCCUUUACGAGUUGGCAGAGUGGUUCAGAAAUGACUUUUUUACGUGGGUAAAUCAAGCGAAAUGUCCCGUUUGUGGCAACGAAAAUACCCAAGCUGUUGGUCAAACGUCCGAAAAUGGAAAUCGCAUCGAGCAAUAUCGCUGUUGCAAUCGUAUCAUCAACUUUUAUCGGUACAACGAUGUCUUGCAGUUACUUCAAACGCGCAAAGGACGAUGCGGCGAAUAUGCUAAUUGCUUUACUUUCCUUUGUCGUUGCUUAGGAUAUCGUGCGAGGUACAUUUUUUCGACGGAAGAUCAUGUUUGGACCGAAGUUUAUUCAACACUGCAAAAUCGAUGGAUCCAUGUUGACCCGUCGGAUGGUGUUGUCGAUGCUCCUCUCAUGUACGAGCAUGGCUGGAAGCAAAAUAUUCGUUACGUAAUCGCAUUUAGCAACGACGACGUGCAAGAUGUGACUUGGCGAUACACGAAUCAGCACAAAAAAGUCCUGCGAAACAGAAAUAAAUGCACGGAAAAAGAACUUUUGGACACGAUUUUGGCGCUGCGGAACAAGAGACAAGCCGGAAAAAGCGAAUAUUGGAUAAAAAAUUACAAAAAACGAGCAUUACGAGAAUUGGCUGACUUCAUGUUGGAACGCGAACCCACGGAAGACGAAAAAAGAGGACGUAGUUCGGGUAGUUUAGCAUGGCGGCAAGCAAGGAUGGAGACAAAUGUCAACAGUUUUUACGUUUUUGAGCCUUUAGAAGCGGAAAUUAAUGCGAAACAAUUCAAUUUGCGAUAUUCCUGCACUCGAGACUUGUACGAGCGAUACUUGUUAAACUCCUCAAAACAAGCAAAUGUCCUCGAAACCAAACAAAAUUGGGAUUCUCUAGUCUAUCAUGCUGAUAAAAUCUUUAAAAAAUAUGAACCUGACUGGAAAAUGUGUUAUUUGGCACGACUCGACACCGACGAAGGCACCUCAGGGGAGUCUUCGAUAAUGUGGCGUUUCGAUUUUUCCGGAAAAAAUUUAAAAAUCGAUAAUUUGCAGUACAAGUUUGAGACAAAAACAUUCGAAAAUGGCAAAAUCGACGUAUUUUUCAUGGAUAAAAACGGAUUACGUGUCACGGAUUUGAAAGAACUCAAGGGAGAAACGAAAUUCUCCAUUAAAGCUGUACUUUCAGGAGGAAAUUGGCAACACACACAACUUUUUAGACAAGAAAAAGGCUCUUCGGAGUAUCCGUUCGUGCUGAAUAUUAAAUUUGCGUAAAAAAAUCGCAAAAAAUAACUUAAAAAAUGACAAACCAUUCCAACUUCUUUGAUAAAAUUUCGGUUUUGGUGCAAUUUUGAAUUCAUUUCUUAGAAAUAAAUUUCAGUUUUAUCAUAAUAUUCGACUAAAAA